AUGGCGCCGAAAGCAGCUUCGCAGCCCGCGAAAAGGAAUGCAAAGUCAACAGCGAAAAUCAACACAGUAAAACUCGGCUCGCAGCCUAGUGGGUUCACAGGGAACAAGAGAUUCGAUCCGUUGACUGCAUUCCGAAAUACGCCUCCACCACCUCCGUCGAGCAGCGGUAGCGACCCAGGAUCAUCAUCGCAGGACACCAGAAAACGACCUGCAACGCAAACGCGAAACAGUCAGACAAAAGGGAAAACGAACAAAAAGGCCAAAACAGGCCAAACCAAACCAGGCGACCAACUGUGGGUUGACCUCCAUGAACCGGCGAGCGAGGCAGAACUCGCAGUCCAUGUUCGAAAAGUCGAAGACGUCCGCCGUUGGCUGAAGGAAGCGUACGAGGGAGGACCGUCGGGCAAACUUAAGAAAUACAGAAGAAUUCUUACCUUGACUGGUCCUGCAGGGACGGGGAAGACAUCUACAAUCAAGAUUUUGGCAAAGGAACUGGAUUUCGAGAUUGUCGAAUGGAGAAAUGCGAUUGGGGAGGUGACAUCCAGUUGGGGUCAGGAUUCGUAUUCUACAGGGCGAUACCAAGACUACGAUUCAGACAGCGAAACUCUAUUCACCAAAUUCGAGACGUUCUUCAACCGAGCGGCACGGUGUCAAGGACUGGCCUUCUCGGGCCCCUCCUCUUCGUCCAGUUCGUCAAAGGCCAAACGCCAACUCGUCCUCCUCGAAGACCUCCCCAACAUCCUCCAUCCAAAAACGCAAAGUCAAUUCCAUGAUUGCCUAAAGUCGUUGGUCGAGUCACCGGUUUCAGACCCACCCGUGCCCGUUGUCAUAAUCAUAAGUGACACUGGACUACGCGGGGAAGCGAGAGACGAGAGGAUAGCGGGAGGCUUUGGGUGGGGGAAGGAUAAAGAACAAGUUGUGGAUGUACGGUUCAACCCAAUAGCGCCAACUCUAAUGCGCAAAGCGCUCUCGAACAUGCUACAGGCCCACGCCAUGCACGAAGACUUUGUCGCCCCCUCAAAGCAAGCACUCGACAUCGUAAUCGAGUCCUCCAAUGGUGACAUCCGAAGCGCGAUUAUGGCUUUACAAUUCGCGUGUCUAGUACAAGGGCCAGCUGCGAAGAAGAGGGUAGGUGCUAACGCGACGACGGUAAUGGUCACCGAAGCUGUCACGCGACGCGAGCAGAGUCUGGCGCUAUUCCACCUCAUCGGCAAGGUUCUGUAUAACAAGCGCAAGGGGGAUCCAUCGAGCUCAUCUGCGUCAGCCAAGGAUAUUUUAAAAGAAAAAGAACUGGAUUCUCAGUUGCAAGAUCCACUCCCACUCCCUGCACACCUGGAGCACCACAACCGACGAGCGAGUCGCGUGGACGUCGACAGCAUAUACAAAGAUUCGCCCAUCGACUCGUCGCUUUUCUCGUUAUACAUUCACCAGAAUUACCAGCAGUUCUGUAAUGAAGUGGAGGAGAUUGGUGACGUUGCUGACUGGCUCAGUUGGGUGGAUUUGAGUGGCGGCGAAGCUUGGUAUCAAGCCAACCCACACCAAUUCCACCUCGUUGCCCUUGGGACGAUGCACUCGUUACCUUCCCCGGUCAUCCGACGAUCUCAGAAGAUCUAUAAACCCGAGUUCUUUGACGUGCUACAGAAGGAGAGGGACGCAAGGGAUGCGGUAAGGCUGGCCAAGGAGUGGAUAGUGGAAGAGGAUCUGAGGAAGGCAAAAUCCAGAAGGGCGCAGAGUGGGCGGCUGGAGCUCGAGCGAGGUGAUCCUCGAGUUGGGACCGAUGUUGAAAUUGAAGGACAGAAGUGCAGAUCGGCAGUCAAGACCGCCAAAGUCGCAUCGGCUAUUCUCGAGUCCAGUAUAGACGAGAAGGACGCGGCGGACGAGGUCCCGGAUGAAGAGGAGCUGGAACCAACAGUCGUUGCGGAAGAGUCGACUGGAGGUUGGCUUGAGAGCGAUGACAUCGAGGAGUUCGAUUAA